UACAAAGUGCCGUGUGUGGCUUGGUGAAGUGUACCCCAGGAACACUCCGGAUACCACUUGGGGUUUGUCCUUUGGAGUGCUUCAUCACUCUGUAUUAUUCUCAUCAUUAACAUGGAGCCCAACAGUCCCAAAAAGAUACAAUUUGCUGUGCCUUUAUUCCAGAGUCAGAUUGCUCCAGAGGCGGCAGAGCAGAUCAGGAAAAGAAGACCUACACCAGCAUCGCUUGUGAUUCUCAAUGAGCAUAACCCCCCAGAAAUUGAUGAGAAGAGGGUGAACACUCAAGAAUCGCAGAAUGCAUCACCUAAGCAAAGGAAGCAGAGUGUGUACACACCACCUGCCAUGAAAGGGGUUAAGCAUCUGAAAGGCCAGAAUGGAUCAGCAUUCCCCGAAGAAGAAGAAAAUGCAAGUGAAAGAGAAGAGAAGUGGAACCAUUAGUUACUCAUCUGCAGCAAGAGGACUUCUUGGGAAUAACUGGACUGCACACUCUUCUGAAUACCCAGUGGUACUCCCAAGACCCACCUCCAGCAGGCUCUUAUGCCUCAUCCUCCACAGUCACAGCUGUUGUGAUCCUCCUGGAAGUCUCCUUGACUGAACUGUGAGACCAAGUGCAAUGUGUUGUGUACCACUUGCAGUAAAGGAUAGGCACUUAUUUUACAGCAUUUUUUCUUUUAAACUAACAAUGCCUAGGGAUCUGCUACCAUGUGUAUGUUCUCAUUUUGAUACUGCCAAAGCUGAACUCCUCCUGGCCUACUAAUAUGAUUUACUUUCUAAAGUCAAUGUAGAGAGCAUUAUUGUAAGAGAACAAAAUAAAUACUAAAUGCAUUUGGAAUGAAUGUGAGUGGGGAUUAAUGGAAGAGGAAUGUCUGUGGAAGCUCCUAAUUUAAUACCUGCAUUUAGCAUGCUUCUGUUAUAGAUAAGACCAGAGUUUACUUCAAGAAGACAAUAAUAGGUAGAUGUCAGUUGUCUUCAUUCAAAAUAUCACAUCAGAUAUGAAAUGUUUUUCAUCCAGUGGUGUUUUAAUGGUUACUUAAAGAAACAAAUGUCUCUGUGUUUUCUAAGCUGUACAAUGUUGGUUUCUCGGCAUCAUCUAAUCAUUGAAAAGGAAAUGGUAAAUUUAUAAUAAAACAUGGCAAAUUUC